GGGCCGGGCUGGCCAUGGCGCGGGCGGCGGGCGCGCGGGGACGGGCUGGUUGGUGCGGGCGGCGCGGGCGCUGCGGGCGCUGCGGGCGGGGCGCGCUCCUCGCCUUCGCCGCGUGGACAGCGGGCUGGGUGCUGGCGGCCGCACUGCUGCUCCGCGCGCACCCGGGUGUCCUCUCCGAGCGCUGCACCAACGAGAAGAGCCGGCGCAUCCUGGCCGCGCUGUGCCAGGACUACCGGGGCGGCGCGCUGGCUGGGGACCUCUGCGAGGACCUGUGUGUGGCGGGAAAGCUGCUGUUCCAACGCUGCCUGCACUACGACAGGGGCAAGAAGGUGCUACAGGCCGACUGGCGCGGCCGGCCCGUGGUCCUCAAGUCCAAGGAGGAGGCCUUCUCCAGCUUCCCGCCCCUCAGCCUGUUGGAAGAGGAGGCAGGGGAGGGUGGCCAGGACAUCCCGGAGGCAGAACUCCUCCUGAUGGUGGCUGGGGAGGUCAAGAGCGCUCUGGGCCUGGAGUUGUCCAACAGCAGCCUGGGGCCAUGGUGGCCGGGCAGGCAGGGCCCGCGCUGGCGGGGACAGCUGGCCAGCUUGUGGGCCCUGCUGCAGCAGGAGGAGUACGUGUACUUCAGCCUGUUGCAGGACCUGAGCCCACACGUGCUGCCUGUGCUGGGCUCCUGUGGCCACUUCUACGCGGUGGAGUUCCUCGCCGCGGGCAGCCCCCACCACAGGGCACUCUUCCCCCUGGACCGGGUCCCAGGUGCCCCUGGGGGUGGCCAGGCCAGGGCCAUCAGUGACAUCGCGCUCAGCUUCUUGGACAUGGUGAACCAUUUUGACAGUGACUUUUCCCACCGCCUCCAUCUCUGCGACAUCAAGCCGGAAAACUUUGCCAUCCGGAGCGACUUCACAGUGGUGGCUAUUGAUGUGGACAUGGCCUUUUUUGAACCUAAAAUGAGGGAAAUCCUUGAGCAAAAUUGCACAGACGAUGAAGACUGCAAUUUCUUUGACUGUUUUUCAAGAUGUGAUUUACGAGUCAACAAGUGCGGAGCGCAGCGCGUCAACAACAACCUGCAGGUCAUCUGUGACAAAAUAUUUCGCCAUUGGUUUUCCGCACCUCUCAAGAGUUCUGCGGUCUCUUUCCAGCUUCAGCUGCAGUUACAGGAGGCGGUGCAGGAAUGUGCAGACCCUGGGGUCCCCAGCGGGAACACCCGGAGAGACGCCCCCAGCGUGUUCUGGAAGCUUCGCCGACUCCUCCGAGCCACACUGAGGGAGUUGCAGGAGGCAGAGAAGUAGCCACUCUCUGGCCUUCAACAUGCUCACACAGGAAAAGUGACCUUUGCUGGAUUUCUUCUGCCAUUGUUUGAAAGAUGAGCCAUUUCCCCUGUGCAAAUGAGUGUUCUCUGGGGUGCUGUUCUGGCCUCCACAGUGUGGAGUGGUAAGUGCUGCUGCCAGAGACGACGCCUCCCUCGCUCUGGUCCCACCCUGGCCUCUGACCUGUCGCCUUGUGUAAAAGGAGGGAGGAGGUACAGACCUCCCUUCAGGAGGGCCCUCAGUCAGAAGACACAAACCUGUGUGCCAUUAUUCUCUGCAGAGAGCACUCGUACCUGGUUAUCCCAGCGAGUUCCAGCUGUUCUUUCCUGUAAAUCGUUACAUUAAAAAGUGUGUGCGUGCAUGCAAAUGAAUGUGUAUGCCUGUGUCUGGGUGCAAAUGAGCAUGUGAGCAUGUAUGAGUGUGCCCGUGUCUGCAUGUGUAUGAGUGUGCACAGGUAAGUGUGCUCAUGAGGCGUAUGAGUAUGCCUGAGUGUGAAUGUGUAGAAGAGUGUGAAUGAGUGUGUGCACAUGAGUGCACAGGUGUCAGCAUGUGUAUGUAAGUGUGGGUGUGUGUAUGUGAUUGUGUGAGUGUGGACAGGUGAGUGUGUUGGGAAUGUGGUUUGGGGUGGGGAGUGGUGCUUUCUCUAGUGUGUCCUUUGGAACAGCUUGCCUACCUAGCAAAGAAGUGUGACCUUUCUUUUGGAAUUAAAUACAAUGAAAAGAAAAUAAAUUGCAUCCUUAGGGAAUGUAAUUUGCAUUGGA